CGCAUCGAGCCUGGUGACCGACAACCAGUCUUUACAAAAAACACGUGGAGUGAAUAGACACUCAGCUGAAGAAUACACAGAGAAAACAUGGUUUCUGAUGAAAAGGAAAAUGCUGGCCUUAAUUGCAACAUUCAUAAAGGUUGUUUAGUAGACCCAAAAGGGAUUUCAGAAUAUGAUUCCGAAAGUGAUGACAGCAGAGAGAGUUGGAGCAGUAAAGCUGAUUUUUUCUUGGCUACCGUUGGCUAUGUCGUGGGUUUUGGCAACCUAUGGCGUUUCCCGUACCUUUGUUACCGAAAUGGCGGUGCCUCUUUCAUUCUUCCGUAUUUUUUAAUGCUUGCUUUUGUUGGUGUACCUAUGUUUUUCAUGGAAAUAUCUCUUGGUCAAUGGUACAACUGUGGACUAAUUGGUGUGUGGAAAGGCGUCUGCCCUUUAGCAAGCGGUAUUGGUUACGGUACUCUUGUGAUGCAAAUUUGGACGAACAUCUACUACACUGUAAUCAUGGCCUGGGUGCUGUUCUUUUUAUUUGAUACUAUGCGUUCUGAUGUGCCUUGGAGUUCUUGUGACAAUGACUGGAAUACGCCCUUCUGCAGGAUACAGAGAACGUCCCACAAAGUCAACUGUUCAGCGUUUGAUUUACCUGUAAACUGUACCCAAAAGUUUGUUUCGCCAAGCUCUGAGUAUUGGAGCAAUCGUGUGCUUCAGAUAACAGGUUCUAUUGAGGAGAUGGGUUCGAUGAGAUGGGAAUUAGUAGGAACUUUGAUACUUGGUUGGAUUAUGGUAUACCUGUGUAUCUGUAAAAGCAUCAAAGCUACGGGAAAGGUCGUGUACUUCACUGCUACCUUUCCCUAUGUUGCUUUGGUGAUCAUUCUUGUACGAGGGGUAACUCUAGACGGUGCAGCACGGGGUAUUAGAUACUAUCUUGAACCUGAUUGGGAACAACUCGCAGACCCGCAGGUGUGGGUAUACGCCGCAACUCAAAUCUUCUGGUCCCUGGGUAUCGGUUUUGGUGCCAUUCUUACGUUUGGUAGUUAUAACAAGUUUAGCAACAACUGCUACAAGGAUAGCAUCAUCAUUACGUCAAUCAACUGUAUAACCAGCUUUGUGGCAGGGUUUGCUGUGUUCAGUAUAUUGGGUUUUAUGGCGGAUGUCUUGAGCUCUUCGAUGAAAGAUGUUGUAUCCACAGGGCCUGGUCUGGUGUUUAUUGCUUAUCCUGAAGCCAUAUCUCAGCUGCCUGUAUCAGUAUUCUGGGCAAUUUUGUUCUUCUUUAUGCUGAUGACAUUGGGACUGGAUACUAUGUUUGGUGCAAUGGAAGGCUUCAUAACUGCUAUCAUAGAUGAGUUCCCCAAAUGGCGUAGUCGCAAGUGGCUUCUUCUCGCUGGAAUAUGUGUUGCUAAGCUUCUUGCUGGGUUACCUUGCGUUACAAAGGGUGGAAUGUACAUUUUCAACAUGUUUGACUACCAAAGUGCUGGGAUUUCAUUGCUUUUUCUUGUUUUUCUUGAAAAUAUUGCAAUAGCAUGGAUAUACGGUAUUGAUAAGUUCUCCGAAGACAUAUUUCUUAUGACGGGAAAGAAACUUUCAAUAUGGAUUCGAAUCUCGUUAAAGUUCAUUUCACCAGUUAUUAGCCUGUGCAUUUUGUUGGCCAAUAUCAUCAACUGGAGAGGCAUCAAGUACAAUGGUGAGCCAUAUCCUGACUGGGCGGAAUUCAUGGGCUGGAUACUUUGUAUAUCGUCGAUGGCCGUCCCUGUUGCCAUGGCCAUCUAUUUGUUUAUAAAGACGCCUGGUUCGUUAAAAGAGCGAUGGGUGAUUUUGACCACUCCAGAUAAAACGGUGCAGGAACAGAUUACCAAAAAACACAGAAGGAUGUUGAUUUUGUCCAAUGAAAUUACAACUCCGCUGUGAACCGUUACAUUGGAGUGUCCAAAACGAAAACAGUCAUAUAUAUGUUUUACAAUAUUCACCUGCUUCUCAUUCAACGUGAAUUAUGUGGAAAUAGUUCGGAUACAUGCAUUAUUGGAAUUGAAUGAUUGUCAAACCCAAACGUCUCAUCCCUCUGACCUGAGAUGGGCUAUUUCAGGUAGACCAUGGCCACUUUCCAUGAUAAACGUUGAUUCCUGGAAAUAGCGAGGACCAAAAGAGCCGUUCAGUCGAAGAGAACUGCAAAUGCGUGACCGUAGAUUACUUUGCAAAUUCGAAAAUUCAAGGAUAUUAUUUAAUAAUUAUUAGUUUGAAGACAAACCUGGUGAAGACGAGUGGCAAUACAAAGAAGCCAUCAUUUAAAAAUAUCUUUAGUUAAUGUAAAUGGCUUUAUCGACUUGUUCGUUUGUCGUGCAUUCAUCGCGAUCUUUCAGGCAACAUUUUUAAAAGUAGCUAUAUUUUGAGGACAAUGCAACCCUUAAGCAUGGCGUUCACGGCAAACUGCAAACGACAGAAAAGAUCACGUGACCCGCUUUUUGGGAGUUAACCCUUACAGUUUCAACGCGAGAGAGGGUUAUUUUGAGUUUGUCAUAAUCGUGAWAAGUCGCUCUUUCMRAUGACUAYCWAAAGCACAAGGUCAGGCACGAAAUUCUUAGGUCAUUGGUUCAGGUCUGCCGUUAGCCGUUUGUCGUAACGGCGAUGCUUAAACUCUCUAAUGUAAGUCUGGCUGUUUAGAGUGACUCCACGCAAAUUAAAUUGAAUUGAUUCAAAUGAAUUCAAUACCGUCUUGCUAGUACAAAUUAAUACUACUUUGAUUUUGUACACGAGUUGCACGCUUUAAGUGCGAUCACUCUACUAAUCUUAUUAAACAAUUAAACCUUUUAUUUCAAGAUGUC